AUGGGUUCGCGGCAACAUCUUCGUGAGAUGAAAUCAGGACCCCCACUUCCAUACCAUGAUGAUAUUCGAGCCUACACAAGGGAAUAUGCGGCGGCUCUUGACGAGAAAGAUCCACUCCGUCACUUUCGAGAUGAGUUUAUCAUUCCCUCCAAGAAAGAUCUUAAGCGAACUACGUUGGUAGCCGGCGCUAGUGCAGAAAGCGACGAAGCCUCAGAUGAUAGAUGUAUCUACUUCUGUGGCAACUCCCUCGGUGUGCAGCCUCGUAGCACACGCAGUUACAUUGAACAGUACUUGCGAACGUGGGCAACAAAGGGUGUGAUGGGUCAUUUUGUGCCACAUGAAGAUCAGCUACUUCCUCCUUUCGUUGACGUCGAUACUGCCGGGUCAAAGUCGAUGGCUCCUAUCGUGGGAGCAUUGCAGAGUGAGGUUGCAGUCAUGGGUACAUUGACUGCCAAUCUUCAUUUUCUCAUGUCUAGCUUUUACCGUCCUACCCAAGAAAAGUACAAAAUUAUUCUGGAAGGCAAGGCUUUUCCUAGUGACCAUUAUGCAGUCGAAUCUCAAAUUCAGCACCACAACCUCGAUCCAAAGGACGCAAUGGUGUUGAUUGAGCCAGAAAACCUGGAUUAUCCCAUCUUGACUACCGAGCAGAUCCUGAAGGUGAUUGAUGAUAAUGCCUCCAGUACAGCCCUGGUGUUGCUUUCUGCAAUCCAGUUCUAUACCGGUCAAUAUUUCGAUAUCGAACGUAUCACAGCUCAUGCUCACUCUAAGGGCAUCCUUAUUGGCUGGGACUGUGCGCAUGCCGCUGGAAACGUAGAUCUGCGCCUGCAUGACUGGAAUGUGGACUUUGCAGCAUGCGGACCAGGCGGAAUGGCGGCACUAUUUGUUCACGAGCGGCAUGGGAAUGUAGAUGAAAAACAGACCGGCGACGAUGUAUCAUUUCGACCCCGUUUAUCUGGCUGGUGGGGACAUGAUAGCAAGACACGCUUCAAGAUGGAAAAUAAAUUCAUGCCCCAACCUGGCGCAGCGGGAUUCCAGCUUUCCAAUCCUUCAGUGCUUGACAUAAACGCUAUUGCCCCCCCUGAAGACAAGCCCUUCACUCUCAUCACUCCCUCCAACCCAGCGGAAAGAGGUGCCCAACUGAGCUUGAGGCUUCAACCUGGAUUGCUCGACCAUGUGCUCCAUCAUUUAGAAGAAAAUGGGGUUGUCAUCGAUGAACGCAAACCCGAUGUGGUUCGAGUAGCACCAGCGCCAUUGUAUAACACCUACGUGGAAGCCUGGGAAUUUUGCCAAAUUUUUCUGGAGGCAUGUCGAGAAGCUAUAUCAAUGGAAAAAACAACACUCUCUCCUGAUUUAGAGAACCCACAAGAUCAGGGUACGGGAAACCGCCCUAUAGAGGUUGGCGAUGUUGACUAUUCAGUAUUCACACGAAGCCAGAAGCGAUUUAUCGUGUUUAUGGCAUCAUGGGCGGGGUUUUUCUCACCAGUCUCCUCACAGAUCUACUUCCCAGCACUGAAUACUCUGGCUAAAGAUCUUCAUGUUUCCAAUUCAUUGAUUAAUUUGACACUCACGAGUUACAUGAUUUUCCAAGGCUUAUCGCCGAUGUUCAUCGGAGACUUCGCCGAUAAAGCUGGCAGACGACCAGCAUACUUGAUAUGCUUCACGAUUUAUAAUGCCGCCAAUAUUGGACUUGCGCUGCAGAAUAACUAUGCAGCACUGUUCGUCCUGCGAUGUCUGCAGAGUGCAGGAAGUAGCACUACCAUCGCUCUAUCCUCUGGUGUGGUCUCCGAUGUCGCUACGGCAUCCGAGAGAGGCUCCUAUAUGGGAUUUGUCACAGCAGGCUCCCUCUUAGGUCCUUCGAUUGGUCCUGUAAUCGGAGGCCUGUUAGCACAGUAUCUCGGAUGGAGGGCGAUUUUCUGGUUUCUGUUGAUCUUCUCCGGAUCUUUCCUCAUCCCAUUCAUCAUAUUCUUCCCUGAAACGGCCCGUGGUGUUGUGGGAGAUGGAUCCCUACCAGCCCAGAAAUGGAAUAUGUCUUUGCUGAAUUACCUUCAAUCUCGCAAGGCUCGAGAGGAAGAUGUCGUCCCAGCAACAAGGCCAGAAAAGCGAAAACUUGGUUUCCCAAAUCCUUACAAGACUCUCGCCAUCGUUUUCCAGAAGGAUACCAGCAUCAUUCUGCUGUGUAAUGCGAUCCUUUUCGCCGGGUUCUAUGAUAUCAGUGCGACGAUUCCUUCGAUCUAUAAAGACUUAUAUGGGCUAGAUGAUCUCCAAAUCGGCCUGUGUUAUAUCCCAUUCGGUCUUGGAUCUAGCCUCGCUUCUCUCUUGAAUGGCAAAUUUCUAGACUUCAAUUAUCGACGUCUGGCAAAGCGACUGGAUUUCCCGUUGGUCAACAAUCGCUUUGUAGACCUGCGCAAUUUUCCUAUUGAGAAAGCUCGCCUCGAGAUUGCGUUUCCGUUGCUGACGAUAGCAAGUCUAUGUAUUAUAGCUUUUGGAUGGUGCUUGGACUAUGGGGUUCAUCUUGCUGCACCAACCACCAUUUUGUUCUUCACGGGACUGACGCUUACCGGAUCAUUUAAUACUGUCAGCACGAUUCUAGUUGAUCUAUAUCCUACUCAGGCUGCCAAGGCUACAGCUGCGAAUAACUUCGUUCGGUGUUUACUUGGAGCCGGGGCCACGGCCGUUAUUGAUCUGAUGCUGUCUGCCAUGGGUCGUGGCUGGUGUUUCACGUUCAUUGCAUUCGUGAUGUUGUGUACAUCACCUUUGCUUUGGAUUGUGAUUCAUUAUGGUCCCCAGUGGCGUGAGGAGCGUCGACUUAAGGAAGAGGCUCGGAAGCUCAGUACCGCGCCAAGCAACGAGAUGUCAUGA